AACCAAAGUAAUUGAACGGCAGACAAAGAAAAAUUUUGACAAUGUUCACACCAUCUAAACUUACAGAUACAGAUUUGAUUGAUGUGACCGUAUUAAAUACUCCUCAACCACAAGCAACUUCGACUGUACAAAGAAAAAACACAUUUGAAAGUAAAGUUCCUGAUAAAAAUAUUAAUGAACCUAUUAAUGAAUCUAUUAGACAUAAAAGUAUGACAGAGAAAUGUGAUGAAUCAUCUCUUGGUAUACUUAAUGAUAUGCCUUCUUUUUUAGCUGAAGUAAGUGGAUUGGAAGAAAUAGAAAAAUGUGAUGAGAAUAAUUUAAAUUCAGAACAUGAACUUGUUAGAAAAUUACUUCAAAGAUGUAGUGAUUUAAAAACUACCUUUACUAUACAUGAUAUAAAUAAAGAAAAUGAUGUAAAUAUUCAAAACUUAUCUGAUAAUAUUAAUCCUGCACUGAUUGAUUCCAAUCAAAUUAUUUUUCAAAAUGAAAACAGUUCACAUUCAUUUAUCAAUAAAACAAGUAGUGUUAUUUUUGAACCAAAUGAGAUAAGUGCACGUUCAUCAGGAUUAAGUAGAAAUUCAGAAAAAUGUUUAUCAUCAUCAUCAUCAAGCAAAAAUUUAAAUACAAUAACAUUUGAUACAACAACUGCUGAAUUGAUGGCUCAAUUUAAUAAUGAAGAUUUUCGUCCUGCUUCUGAAAUGACUAGUCAAUUCAUAGCUGAUGAAGCUUCUUGGCAACAAAAUUAUUCUUAUGCUCUUCCUACAACUUCUACUGAAAAAGAACAUCUAGAUUUAUCUUGUUUUUCUGGUGUAAUUGGUGAACUAGAUAUAUCAGUAGAAUCUUGUGCUGGACGUAAGGUAUCUAUAGGUGAAUUUUUUAGAAGAAAAUGUGGAAAUUUUGGAGAAUUAUCAGAUAAUGCAGUAGAAAGGCCAAGUUUAGGUUUAUCUGUAAAUAGUCCAAAAAAAAAAGAUCAAAUUAUACCAUUAGUUGAUUCAACUAUUGUAACAGAAGAUUUUUCAAUUGGAUCUAUUGCUAGUAAAGAUAAAACUCAAAAUAUGCAAAGUACAAUGAAAGAUAUAGAAGAACAUAGUAUUAUGAGUUUGACCAGUAUUGCUCAAGCAUUACAGGAUAUUGAUAAUGGUACACCUAGAAGAUUAGUAGAUCAACUUAUCAUGGCAAAAAAAAAAAGGAAAUCCUUGCGCAUGCAAGAAGAAAAUCUAAUUAGAGAUACUUAUACAUUAAUGCCUUCAAAUAGAAAAUCUAUGCCUAUUACUCCAAGUAGGGAUAUAGAUAACUUUAAAAAAGAUAUAGGAUUAUUAAAUCUUACAACAAAAUUAUCUCUAGAUAGUAAAAUCAUUAAUGAAACUAUAGGUAUUAAACAUUCUAUUCCAAGAAUGCUUUCAUUUGAUUCUAAUUCAGGUGUAAAAGCAAAUGUUGAAGUUGCUUAUCAAGAACUUAAGAAAGAAAUAAGUAAUGAAAAAUUAUCAUCUUCACAUAAUGAAGAUUUUAAAUUAUUAUUGGAAGAUUCUAAACUAACUCUUCCAAACUAUAUAAAAAAAGAAGUAUCACCUUGUAUUUCAAAGAUUAACACAAUAAUUAAUCAUGAGAAACAGUUUGUUAAACUUGAGAAGAAAGAAAUAGAAAAAAAAGAUGAUAUAAAAAAGGAAAAUAUUUCAUAUAAAGAUAAAUUAGAAAUUUCUAUACAAGAUUGUUCAAAAGAAACUCAAUCUUAUGUUAAUAAUGUUAUUAUUGGCAAAAAUACGGAAGAAUUAUGUAAUUGUAUCGUUGGUUUACCUAGAGAGACUGACAUCGAACUUUUAAAUAAAAGUGAUAAAUGGAUGCUUUGUUCAUUAAAUAUAAAUCAAAUUCAAGGAGAUAAAGAAAUUAUUCAACUUUCAUCACCAAACAAUGUUGUUCUUGUUAAACCAAAUUCAGAAAAGUUUUUUAAGAUUAUUGCAACAGUAAUGAAAAUGAGUAAACCAAUUAUAACUGUUGUAAACAUAACAGUAUUAGAUGUAGUAGCAAAAUUUGAAUGGACUAUGAAACAUAUUAUUUGUUUCAAACCUGAAGAAAUCGAUAUAGAUAUAUCAAAUCCUUUACAAAAAAAGGAAUUAGAUUUUCAAUAUGUUGUUGAGAAUAGUGUGACAAUUCUACCUAUUACAAUAAAAAAUAAAAACAGUAUUAAUGUUCCUAUUAAAUUUUUUAUAUCACAGCAUGAACCAGUAAUAUUCAGUUUAGAAAAUUCAGCAGAACCACAAUAUAUUAUUCUUAAAACUCAAGAUGCAUAUAUUAUAAAUAUUCAAUGCAAGGGUAUUCUACAGAAAAGUAGUGAAAUGCAACAACAAUCUUUACAACGUUUCGAUAGUACUUUAAUAAUUCAAGCUGAAAACAAUUCUGUAGAGAAAAAUAUACUAAUCCAAGAAGUUCCUCUUGUUGUACAAGUAGGAACUUUUAAAAUAGAAGUGAUUGAAACAGAUUUACCUUUGAUUAUUCCUAAUAAACAAAGCAAAUCUUUGUCUGUGAUUAAUCUUGGAACGAUACCAAUAGUUAUAUCAGCCACAUUUUCUGAAGACAUUGACUCAAAAAAAAAUUCUAAAUAUUUUUCAAUUGAACCAGAAAAUAUACAUAUGCAACCUAAAGAAAUUGGACGUUUUUUUAUCACUUAUAAACAACAAAUUUUAGACAUUCCUAAAAUAUAUACAAAAAUUAAAUUAACUGCUGCUGGUAAUGUUCAACAUUAUAUUAUAAUUGGUGAAUCGAGCGUAUGUACUGAGGGAGAAAAUGAAAAUUUUCCUCGUUGUGAAACCCCUCAGUAUUUACCAUCUGUAAGUUCUCCUUCUUCUCCACAUAGUAUGGUUUCAAGCAAGUCAAGCGCAUCUGGUAGAAAUUCUUCUCUUAGUUCAGUAUCAGGUUCAACUGUUGCUGGAGAUAAAAUUCCUAUAAAAACAACCCAUGCUGCUCUGUCAUGGAAUAGUUUAAAAAUAGGAAAAUCGGAAAUUAAAGAAUUUACAAUUCGUAAUACAAGCAACAACAAGAUUAAGAUACAAGCUACUAUAUCAGAUAAUGAAAAAAAUUUUCGAUUUCUUCGAGAACGAGAAGCCGUUGGUACAACUAUUGUAUUGGUAUUGCAAGGUUCAGAAAGUAGGACAUUGUCUGUUGUAUUUAGUCCUCAUCAUAUAGGUGCAGCAAGUGGAAAAAUUAUAUUUAAGCAUUAUCAAUCAAAAAGAGAAGAUUCUGAAUCUUUACCUUCGAGACAAAUAUUUCUAUAUGGUUAUGGGGGUUAUAGCAAAGUCGAAAUUUCAGAAGUAUUCAAAGACACAAAUGGAAAAAUGUGGUUGUCACUUGGCAUGUUAAAUUCAGAAAGUUCUUUAAGUGCAAAGAUAAAAUUACAAAAUACUGGAGAUUUAUGUUCUUAUGUUAAAAUAAAGUUAACACCAAAAGCUGUGUAUCCUACUAUGAUAUCAAGUUGGCAAGUAAAUCCAACUGAAUUAUUGUUAAAUCCAAAAGAAGUUCAAUGGGUAACUCUGGAAUUUCAUCCACGAAAAGAAGAUUUAGCGUUAUUACAAAAAUCUGAUGUAUCGCAUGUUGGAACAUUAUUAAUUACUCACGGAGAUGAACCUACGCGUUUGCGAAUUCGUAGAUUAUAUAAAAAGAUGAAAGAAACAGGCGAGUUGAAUGGAAAUGAAAAUGAAACUUUUAGAAAUAUAGUUCAUCCAAUAUGUAAGGUUUUCUCUGGAGAACAAUUAGUAUCAGAUGUAAUACCUAUUCGAGAUUCAGUGCAAAAUUUUGGAGAUCUUUGUCGUGAGAUUCGGCAACACGAAAUAAUGUUAACAAUGGAAGUAUGUGCUGACGAAACUCUGUCUGUUCUUCAUGACAAUCCUGAUGAAUCACAAAUGUUUUAUUCUCUUUAUAGUGAAAAUAGUCAUGUAUAUGAUGGAAAUGCAGAAAGUUUUUUACCUUCAGAGACUCUCGUAGAAAAUACUUUAAUUCAAAACGAUAUGAAUAUCAAUAAUUUUAUGAUCAGUCCAUCUAUUGUAGUUUUAACUCCACCAACUAGAACAGAAGCAAUUAUAACAUUAAAAAAUUCUUGUACUGUAGCACAGCCAUUUGAAACUCAUUUAUCAAAUACAGAAUAUCUAACUAUUGUCCCUACUGAGGGAAUGAUACCCACCAGAAGAGAUUUUCAAUUAAAAAUUCAAUGCAAACGAAAAGUUGAACGAAAUUUUAAUGCGAUUCUUGAAAUUUAUACGGAAAACAAUAAACUUGAAGUACAAAUAAGAGUAAAUGUUAAACAGUUAUGAAUUGAUGUUUUAAAAUUAAUUUUUUAUUGAAAUAUUUAUUAUACAAAUAUGCUAUUCAGUUUUGAAUUUUUAUACGAGCAAUAUUUUUAUUAUCAAUAAAUUAAUUUUCAAUCAA